AUGAAGAAGAAUGUAUUAACUGGUUAUUGCAGAAGUAAUGAAGAAUUGAAAGAGAUAGCACAACUUUUAUCAGAGAAUGUGCGACACAAGUCCAUUGCUAUUCUGUCUGUACUGGUGGAUACGUUCCCGUCACAUGACAUGUUUGCUGACCUUGUGAUUCUCAAGGACAAAGAUGUGGAGGCUGAUUACUUUGAAAGCAUACGGCAUAUCCAGACACACCGACGAUCAAGAGCAUUAAAGAAGAUGAACAGGACAUUACAGUCUCGAUCUGUUCGUAAGGAAAUCAUAGUUUCUUAUUUACUUCCCCUAACCUCUUCCUUCCUGCUUGAUGAGACUUUUACAAAAGCCCAGGGUCUGCAAGAAAGUGCCAUAGAUGCCAUGGGAGUUCUGUGUAAACAACUACCUUGGCACGUGUACAUAAAUCAACUGAAAUACUUUCUGUCCUUGUUGUCAAAGAAGUUUGAGAAGAAAAAACUCUUGCUCAGGGUGAUUGUUCGUAUUCUGGAUGCAUUCCACUUUGACCUCAAAAAUUCUCAACACUCUGUGAACAAUUUACCAGAUUCUGUUGCAAAGAAAAAAGCUAAAGGGGAAAUAACAGAGGAGCCAAAUCCAUUUGAAAAUGAAGAAGAACAAGAAGCAGAAAACACAGAGGAAACUGUAGAUGCAAAACCCACAAUUCCAGAAGAAACAGAUGAAACCAUGGAAACAAGCACUGGCUCUCAAACAAAACAGUUUGAUUCCAUGGUGAUAUGUUCUGUUGGUCAGGCCACUAGAAUUCACUGUACCAUAAUGAAGUCAGUUAUCCCUAGCUUGCAGAGAUGUCUUACAAAGAAGGAGAAGAGUGAAGAUGAACACAAGCUGGCUAGGAAUAAUUUAGCAGAGGACAGUGAAGUACUGAGAGUACCCAUAGCUCUAGCCAUGAUAAAGUUACUACAGAAUCUACCUCAUAAAUCUCUAGAGCGGAACCUUCCAGGAAUCCUGUUGAAAGUGUGUAAUUUUAUGAAGUCUCGAGCUGUGGACAAGAACACUGCUAGGGAUACACUAGUGAAGAUUACAACUUCCCUUGGACCAAGAUUUUUCCCAUACAUUUUGUCCGAACUUAGAGGAACAUUGAGAAAAGGGUAUCAGGUCCAUGUUUUGUGUUACACUGUUCAUGUGCUGCUUAAGAAUUUGCUGCCUGUUCUUAAACAAGGAGAUUUGGAUGUCUGUAGGAAGUGUCUCCAAGAUGUUUUUUAUGAAGAUUUAUUUGGACAAGUGGCAGAAGAGAAGGAGGUGGCUGGUGUUACAAGUAAACUGUUUGAGGCCAGAUCUAUUAAGAGUUACGACUCAUACAAAAUACUGGCUCAAGUCAUCAGUAAAGAAUCCCUCAUGGCAUUCAUCACACCACUGAAACAGGUUCUUGAUUCUACACACAGCCACACUAUAGCAAGAAAGGUACAGGAAGUCCUAAGGAAAGUGGUGACAGGAUUACUGGACAACCCAGGUCUGGAUACAGAGUCUCUGAUGAUAUUUACCCAUGGAUUAAUCACUCAGUCAUUUCCGCAACUAUCCGACAAACAAAGCAAGCAAAAGAAAACUGAAGAAAAGAAGACCCAGUCCUUUAGGCCUCCAAGUUGUCUUCUGUUACCAGAGGAACCCAAGCGUGGAGGUGACAAACCAAAACUGAGUAAGAAGACCAACAUCCAUGUAUUGGUGGAGUUUGGUCUCCAGCUUCUGUGUCUGUGUCUAAAGAGAGGCCGCUUGGUGGCAACAGAGGAGAACCAUUGUAAAUUAGUGGACCCUUUUAUCACCAUCUUAGUAGACUGUCUGCAUUCUAAGCAUAUCAGGAUUAACACCUUAAGUUUGAGAUGCUUGUGUUGGUUACUGAAAUUCAAAUUACCAUCUGUGGAUGAUAACAUCAAGAAACUGGCCAAUGGAAUGUUUGUUAUCCUGAAAAAUUAUGCAUCAGCAGGUGCUUCCAAGGGAGAGAACUUGGAGCUUAUUUCUAUGGCAUUUAAGGCUGUGACGGUAUUGGUAAGAGAUGUGAAGAUUUACAGACGAAAUCAAACACAACUCCAAGUUCUGUUGACUUUCUGUGAAGAAGAUUUGUAUGAUUACAACAGACAGAGCACUGCAUUCUGCCUUUUAAAGGCCAUAUUGUCUAGGAAGUUAAACGUUCCAGAAGUGUUGGAGUUGAUUAAGAAGGUGGAGGGUAUGUCCAUCACAGCUGACUCCCCCCAUGUCAGGAGGGAAUGUAGACAGAUAGCCCUGCAGUACAUCCUGGAAUAUCCCCUGGGGAAGCUCCUUGAUAAACACCUGGAGUUUUAUGUCACAUAGUUGUCCUAUGAGAUGGAGAUGGGACGUGAAUCUGCUUUGGAAAUGUUGGCCACUAUAUUUUCUUCAUUUCCUCAGAACAUCUUGAAUGAUCAUGCAGGAAUGUUCUUCAUACCCAUGUCUGCAGCUCUUGUUAAUGAUGAAUCCACAAAGUGUAGAAAACUCACAGCACUUGCCAUCAAAUCCCUUUUGCAAAAGAUAGAUCACAAUUCAAGAAAGGAACUCUUUAACAUCACCCAAAGAUGGUUUACCGAUGACAAGAUAAACCAUCGGAUCCUUUCCGCUCAGCUGACUGGUCUAUUUAUAGAAGUAGAAUCCACAAAGUUUACAAACCACUUGCCUGUUAUAUUACCUUUAAUUCAACAGCAGAUAGACACAGGAAGAUAUGAAGAAAAUCCCCUAAGUUCUGAUGGAGAAACAGAGAAAGACAGACUACUUUUCAACUGUUUAAAUACACUCCUCAAGUUACUGAGAGAAUGUGACAUAAUCAGGGAUGUUAAAUGGAUGGAAGAAAUGAAUAUCAUAUGGGAAUAUGUUGUGAGUCAUUUGGGAUAUGAACAUAUGUGGGUGCAGUUGGCAUCCUGCCAACUGAUUGAUCUGAUGUUUGCUGCAUGGACUCCAGAGGAAAUUUUACAGCCCUCUUCUAGUUCCCUUAAAACUGACUCCAUUAAAAAGUUGGAGAGUCUGGCAUUGGACCUGAUAUCACAGCUUCAGUCACAGUAUUUAACAGAAGAAUCAGCCAAUCAAAUCAUCAAAAACAUGGUGUUCAUUGCCAAGGUAGCCAAGCUUCUCACUGACAGAGAGAGUUCUAAUGACUUUGUAGAAAAAGAAAAUAGUGGUACAAAGGACAAAAAGUGUCUUUCAUUGCAAUGGUUAAUCAAGAAAAUGAUAAGGGAAGCAAACCAUGAGGCAGUGAACCAGCCAAAAACUACAAUAAAGAGAUCUAGUGUGUUUAAGUGGGUGGCAGCUGUCAGUAUGGACCUCGGUCCUCAACUUCUCCCCAGUGUUGUUCCAGUCAUGAUGCCAGCUCUACAAAGGGAGACAAAUGAGAAUAAUCCAAAUACUGAUUCAUCACUCAAAAGACUUGCACAGGAAGUUUUAGAUAUACUCAACAAGAUCCUUGGUGUGGAAACAUACACCCAGCUUUUUGCAAAAACUCACAAAGAGCAGUUUGACAGGAAGGAAACAAGGAAAAGAAAAGAUGCUGUUGAGGUCUGA